UUGCCAACCCAAUCCGCUCUGUGUGCGUCUGUGGAAACCCGCGGAGCGCGUGCCUAUAAAUGGGAAUGCGUCACACGGUGCUCCGGUCAGUGUGGGUUACACGAAGUGAGCGAGCGAGUUACCGGCAGACAACCCCAUCGGACAACUUUGAUACAACAGCAAAAAUAAAUUUUAAAGAAAUAUAUUACAUUAAUAUAUUUACUUAAAAAAAAUAUAUAGAACCUAACGCCUACCGCAUGAGCGUUGGACACUUGUACAAAAAUACCCAAUUGUAUUUUUGUCUACUGUGUGCAGCCAGCCACAGCGAGGAAGCAAGCAAGCAAGCAACAGCAGUCACACGUUGUAGACAAUUGCCAAUUGUGUACUUGUUAAAAGAAAGCCAAGCGGAGCCAUGCAAAUCGAACAAGGGCAGCAGCAGGGUGCCCGCGCAGAAGACUACGGGCAGCAGCAGCAGCAGCUCAUCGGAGGGGAGUUCGCCUCGCCUGCCUGCAAGCGAUUCACGUUGGCCGAGUUGGAGGCGCACAGCUCGGAGGAGUCGUGCUGGGUCGUCCACGCGGGCCGCGUGUUCGACGUCACUCGCUUCGUGCGCAUUCACCCCGGCGGCGAGGCCGUGAUCGUGACGCGCGGAGGCACCGACCUGGGUCGCCUGCUGUCGGGUCCUCCUCACCGCCACAGCAGCAACGCUUACAGGUGGCUGGAGCAGUAUUGCAUCGGGGAGCUGGACACGCGGCUGGGAGAGGAGCUGGAUGGAGGUUCACAGCAGCAGGAGGAGCAGCAACGGCAGCGGGCAGAUGCGUCGGUGGUGACGCCGCCCGGGUCAGAGUGUGCCGAGGAGGUCAGGCGGAGGAACGGCUCCAGCGUGGACAGACGCCAAGACACCGAGGAGCUGAUGUACAAGACCGUAUCGACGGACAACGAUCUCGUGGACUGGAGUAAGGCCCUGCUGUGGCAGGUGGGACACCUGGGAGACAAAUACAACGAGUGGGUGCACCAGCCGGUGGAUCGCCGCAUCCGCCUCUUCGAGUCCGACUUUCUCGAAUUCUGGAGCAAAACAGCGUGGUACGUGAUACCGCUGGUGUGGAUACCCAUCAUCGUCUACAUGGGCUUGUCGAGCUACCGGGGUCUGCAAGGCAACCAAAUCCGCGUGUUCACCACGUUCACAGACGGAGGAGUCAACGUGAGCCAGGAUUGGUUCGCGUGCCUCUUCACCUUCGGCUUCUUCAUGUGGUCCCUCGUCGAGUACUCCCUCCACCGCUUCCUCUUCCACCUCACGCCGCCGGCACACAGCUACCUCCUCAUCACGCUGCACUUCCUGUUGCACGGGCAGCACCACAAGUCGCCGUUCGACGGCUCGCGCCUCGUCUUCCCGCCGGUGGCGGCCUUCUUCUUCGUGGCGCCCUUCUACUCCUGGAUGCUCACGAUGCUGCCCAACGCCGUGACGGGGUCGCUCAUGGCCGGCGGCAUCUCGGGCUACGUGAUCUAUGACCUGAUGCACUACUACCUGCACUACGGCGCUCCCAGCCGCGGCUCGUACCUCUACUCGCUCAAGGCCUACCACAUCAAGCAUCACUUCGAGCACCAGGCGCUCGGGUUUGGGAUCUCGAGCAAGCUCUGGGACUACCCUUUCCGUACACUCAUCCCAGAGGAGACCUUUGAGAAAUCCCGAUAAUGACGACCGAGAAAAUGUUGCCGAAAUAUUUUUGCUUGCUGUCGGGUUUAUUUUUUAUUUGAUCUAAUUAUUUAAAAAUCAUGAUUUAAAUUGUCAGAGAGCGUCAGUUGUUAAUGUGUUGACAUUGAACUUUAAUUAUUUUAUAUUUUUAUAUAAUUUCCGUAUAAGUACAAUAUACUGUUGUCUGUAAAUACUUUGUUCAUCUGGCUUUUCCUCAUUCCACGAAGUAAGGUGUGUUGCUAUUCUGCGAACGGGGCAUAAAAAUGCUAUGUAUAUGGAAUUGAUGGUUGAAGUAAAUGGAGACUGACAGACCAUGACUGGGACUGCCUUAAGAUCAUAAAUAACUUCGUUAUUCGCAUAAUUCUAACAGCUGUGUUUCAGAGACGCGUGUAGUCUGCAGUAGGUUCACAAUACAGCCGGGG